AUAAAUUAAAAAGGUUUACUCUAUAAAUUAAAAAGGUUUACACAAAAUGAAAUUUUAUGUUUUAAUUUUUGUUAAAUACUAAUAGGCAUUCUAUGAUUUUGUUUUUGUGCAAAACCUAAAAGUUCACGAGAACCUUUGUUUUUGUAUUUGGUUUAGUACAUUGCUAUAUAUUGUAAAAAAGUAUGGAUGGUUCUAAUGUUUGACGACUUUCAUCUUAUGUAUAUAUGUUUGACAAAUUUACCAUUUAUGUCUUAUUUGUAAAUUACAUAUAUUUUUCAUCAAAAUUAUAUAAAUUUUAAUUUUUUUUUUCAGUGAAAUGGGUGAUCACAAUAUCACUUUCAUUGACGAUGUGGAUGCGCUGAGGGACGAUUUGACACUAAAAGUUCGUGUCAUAAACUUGUGGAAACAUAUGUCAUCCUACAACAAGGAUAACGUUUGGGCAAUUGAAUUAAUCUUACUUGAUGAAAAGGGGAGCAAAAUCCAAGCAACUGUCUACAAAAAAUGUUUGUAUCGAUUCAUAAAUCUGUUAAAGGAUGGGUCAGCUUUUUACAUCACAAAUCCAAGUGUUGCAUCACAAAAGCCCGGUAUUUUCAAAUUAACUCCUCAAGAUCAAAAACUAACAUUUGUCCAAGAUACUGUUGUUACAGAAUGUGCAGAAUUUUCUGGAACUAAAUUUGGAUUUUCAUUUGUUGAGUAUGAAUCUAUACUCUCAUUUCUACAUCCUGAAGAUACAUCUGUUGAUGUUAUUGGAUUGGUAGUUGUUGUUAGUGAGAUGAUGAUAGAUAAUCCAGAUAAGUCUAAACACAGGUUAACGAUUCACAUCCAAGAUGCAAGUGCAGUGCAACUCCGUGUAAUUUUGUGGGGUGAUUAUGCGUACAAGAUGCAGAAAUACAUAGAUAACAAUCCACCAAAUCAACAUGUUGUUGUUAUACUUCAGUUUGCACAAAUUACUGUUAGGAGAGAUCGUCCAAGUGUUAACACCUACUUUACAUCUUCAAAGUUGUUCAUAAAUUCUGACAUUGAUGAAAUUACUCUCUUCAAAAAAAGUUUAGAUGUGGAUGAUCGUCCUGAUUCGACUUCAAAUACAAUUUCAGUUAUUGAAUCUAAACAACUUUCUGAAUUUGAUGAUUUCUUAGUUAGAACUAAGCUCAAGACUAUUGCUGAGAUUUUUGAACCCCUCGAGAUGAGAACAUAUUUCAUUAUAGUUGGCACUAUAAAGGGGAUAUUGCAAAAUGAGAGAUGGUUCUAUCCCGCAUGUACAAACUGCAGUUACUGUGCUCACGUUAAUGAUGCAAAAGAUGAUACUAAUGUUCAUCAAUCAAAUGCAAAAUCAAUUACUUAUAUAUGUCAUAACAGAAAUUGCACAAAAACAACAACUUCUGUUGUACUGAGAUUUAUGAUACCGAUACGUGUGCAAGAUAACACUGGGACUAUCACAUUAACAAUGUUUGAAAAAAAAGGAAAGAUAUCUUUUGAAGAGUUCAACAAAGGAGUUGUUUUAUCCGGGGAGGUUAAUGCAUUGAAAGGUUUGAAAUUGGCAUUCAAGAUUUCUGUUACAGAUUUCAAUGUGUUAAAAAAAAACAAUCAGUAUGGAAUUACUAGAGUCAGUACUAAUGUUGAUAUAAUUGAACAACUCGAAAACAAGUUUACUGAUUCACAGACUGGUACAACACAAUCUCUGGAUAUUGGUUUGGGCGAAUUCGAAUCACAAGAUAACAGAAAUCUAAAGGAUGCAAUUUCUGGUACCGACGAAAACAUAACUCCUUCGACUGUUGACAAAAACUCAGCAACAAGCCCAAUGAAAGUUAACAACACAACACCCGUUUUGAAACGAAAUCUGGAAGAAGUCUUUAAUAAAGAAUCGAAUGAAAAGUUAUCGUCCUCAAAAACUCCAAAAGUAUCUCCAGAUGGUCCGGGAAAACAACUGUUGAAUGUGAAGAUGGAAAAAAGUGGCUGACUCGGGUUUUUAUGGUUAAUUUGGAAAUGAAUUCUUUUUUGGAAUUUCAGAAACAAUUUUAUGU